AGUUUACAACACAAUAACAAAAGUUGAGAAAAAAGUGAGACACGCAAAGUUUUCACUAAAUGAACUCGGUUUAAAAUGAUAUAAUGUUGUGAUUUAUAAGAAGUUCAGUGAUCCUAAAUAUCGAUUAAACUUUCUAAUUAUGCUAUUGCUUUAUUAAUUCAAUUUAAUAAUUGCUACGUCGGCUGUUCUAUAAUGUCAACAUCAACAGCUGAUUGCCGACAAAUUUAAUUAAGAUUACAGAAUUAAUAGUUUUACUCUGGCUAGAAAGAAAUUUUGUGUUAGUGAGUAAAAUGUCUUCAAAAAGUGUGGUGAAGUGUGGUAUUUGUCUCCUUACGUUAAUGUUAAUAAAUAAUGUAUGUGCUCAAAAUUUAACACUCAUACUAAACAACACACUAUCAUGGGGAAAUAAAGAGUUAUAUGGUGGUUUUAUAAAUAUAAAGGCAAAUUCCACUCUCCAAGUUGACUGUAUCAAUGAAAACAAGAAUGUAUCUUAUAUAAUAUUUCAAGUCCAUAGUCAUUUAUAUAAUAUAACAUUGUAUAAUACUACAAAUGUUCUUGGAUCAUCUUUAUAUGGUACCAAUUUAGGAUUAUAUAGUAAUGUUUUACCUACUAUUGAUACAUUUUUUAUAAUAAACCAAAAUAUGGUUAGUCUGUUGCUUUAUGUAUCUGUUCAUGGAUAUAGUCUUGAUGACCCAAUACCUGGUGGAUGCAACAUGGAGUUUCCCGUGCCCAUAUCCCCAUAUCUACAAACUAAAUAUAAUAAUGAAUAUAUUCUGGUUGAUGCACCACCACCUAAAGAUCAAUUAGAUGAUAAAUGCAACACUAUUGGUAAUGUAGUGUUGCUAUUUUAUAAAAUGUACUUGCCUGAACGAAACUUCGAGGCUGAUGUUUAUUUUGAAGGUAUUCAGAAAAUGUUGACAGUUGACAAUAUUGAAGAAAAUGGGGAGUUUGUCCCAGAUAAUGGUCUCCACAAUCGACGCAUGCUCAGUGCGUACCAAGGUGUAGGAUCUAUCUACGUGGCAGUAGCAAUUAGUGUAGAGAACGCAAGCGCGUAUUCAGUGUACGUGCCAACGUAUACGUACGCAUGCGCGCCUUUAGUCGAAGGAGAUUGUGAUAUUUUUGAUGAUGUAUUAUCACAAUUAUUACUCGCGUCCAUAUUGUUUAUUGGUUUGUUUGUGUGUUACUACGGACACAGGUUCUUUAAGACUGAGAUGUUUUUAAUAGGAUUGAUAAGUGGCGGCAUUGUUACCUAUAUACUUAUUUCUUUGAUGGCUGAUUUGGAUAGACCUGCACUUCUUGGUGCGUCUAUACUUUCUGGAAUAUGUUUUGGGGCAAUAUGGUUACUGUUCUGGUGGUUUUACGGUAUACCUGUUCUCGCUGUGUUUCUAGCGACACUAGAUGUGGGGUUUCUAUUCUCAGCUAUAAUUUACUACGGCCUACCAGGUGGUUUGACAGCUCUACAAUUCGACGUAAACUUCUGGACUUUAUUCAUAUUUAUAAUGCUCACAACUUCCUUGCUUCUGGUGUCUAUGACGCUUAUGUCAAAUAUACUUUGUUGCGCGAUACUCGGCGCGUACGCAGUAGUAUACUCUAUGGACUAUUAUUUGGGCUCUAGUAUGAAAUAUAUUAUCAUAAAUACAGUGAGACGGGCAACCGUACCGAAGUUUAAUAAAGCUGUCUUAGAUCCACCAUUCGAAUGGGGAGAUUCUCUCUUGUGUCUCUUGUGGGUUGGUUUGGCGAUGUCUGGAUUCCUCUUCCAACACUUUCAUAACUACGGUCGUCCGCCAUUUCCCCCACCACCUAGGAGCGUUCGACCUGUAGUCCCGAGAUCCUUGUAUGGGGCAACACCUCUUGGACCCAGCCGUUAUCCUCGUGUCAUCUCAAGAAAUCAGCGCAGCACUGUAACCAGUGAAAGAUCUCCACUAUUGGCUUAAGUAUGAAUAUUCACGUUCCUUAAAAUGUAUAUUCGAACAAUAUUUAAAAUAAUUACGGAUUAAAGUAUAACCAGUUCGUCCUAGAUUUCUAUAUCAAAAACUCAUCUAUGUUAAAUUAGUUAACAUUCUCGCGCCAUUUUUACAUUCCCUAAUCAAAGCGAUCUCACAAAUUCACCAAAAAUACUUAAUCAAACAUCCCAUGAUAUAGACUGACUCUUUCAUUUAAUAUACUACAAAGAGAGAUAGCAAUGGUCGUUUCCUAUUUGAUGCAUAUGCGUACGCGCAAUUAAUUUUAAUAUAGGUUUUGUUUAUAACAUAUAUUAUCUGUGGUAAUUUACACGGUAAAGGCUAAACAUAUUUAUAUCUUUAAGUUGUUUAUUGUUUAAUAUUUAGAUUUUUUUAGUUUCCUAUACUAAGUAUAACUGUUCUAUUUUAUUAUGGAAUAAUCAUUUAAAAUAUAUUAAUUUGUACAGCGCCUCUAGUGGUAAAAUGCAAAAGAAAUUGCCUAUUGAAAAUUGUAUCGUUACUAUAGCAACAAACACUAUUUUAGACCUUAUAUUAUAUGUCAGUAAUUAAAUAUCACAAAACAUAAUAUUGUAUCUUUAUAACCGUUUAAUAAAAAUUAUUUGUUAUUUAAAUAAAGGAAUUCACAAUAGCUCUCUACAUGACACAAAGUGGUAUUUUUAUUAACUCAAACCGCACAUGUUUAGGAACAAAAGAUGCGUUCGAAAUUCAAUUCCCCUCAUGAGGGGCAUAGAUAAUCUAAACCAAUUAUAAGCGUUGAUAAUCUGUGCAAUUGUUUAUUUCAAUACUGACAUGUGUUUGAUUGUUCCGCAAUUUUUUGUUUUAUCUAGUUUUAGUACAAUGUAUUGUCUUUUUAAAUAAAGCACGUAUUUUAAA